AUGCUUCGUAGCCGGGCUUCUCUCGGUGUCAGCGCCUUUGCGCGGUCAUCCGCUGCCUCGCUUCACCAGCGCUGCUCCUCAAUUGCUGCUGUUCGAGCUUUUGCGACCGAGGCCGCUGCUCCACCACGAGUUCCUAAGCCAGCUUCUCCUGCGCCGGCCGAUCCCACACCAGAGGCUCCCAAACCCCCUCCUACACCACCUCCCGCACCUGUCAUUACCAUCUCAAAGAGCCACAAGGUAGUUGUUGUCGGUGGUGGCCCUGCUGGUCUUGCCAUCAGCCACCAGCUGCUCCGUUCGGGCAAGUUUGCCCAGGAUGAUAUCGCCAUUGUCGACCCUGCCGAGUGGCACCAUUACCAGCCUGGAUGGACUCUAGUUGGCGGUGGCCUCAAGGAGAAGGAGGAGCUUCGGCGGCCAAUGAAGGAGCUCGUCGACCCCCAGUUCAAGUUCUACAACCAGGCUGUUGGCGGGUUCACUCCCGAGCAGAACUUCAUCACCCUUGGAAAUGGCGACAAGAUCGGCUACGAGCAGCUGGUUGUCGCGCCAGGUAUCAAUAUCAACUAUGACAGCGUCAAGGGUCUCCCUGAGGCGCUUGCCGAUAAAGACUCUCUCGUUUCCUCCAUCUACGGCUAUGAUACCGUUAGCAAGGUCUUUGGCACCAUCGAGCGUCUUCGCAAGGGAACCGCCAUCUUCACCCAGCCCGCAGGCGUGAUCAAGUGCGCCGGUGCCCCCCAGAAGAUCAUGUGGCUCGCUCUCGACCACUGGAAGGAGGCUGGCGCUUACGAUCCGGCCAAGCCUUCUGCUUCCGAUAUCAACAUUAGCUUCGCCACUGGCCUCCCCGUCAUGUUUGGUGUGCCCAAGUACAGCGCCAAGCUCGAGGAGCUCCGCAAGGAGCGAGGUGUUGAGGGUCUCUUUCAGCACGACCUUACUGCCAUUGUCGAUGGCAACAAGGCUGUCUUUUCCGGCCCCAACGGGGAGGUGACCAAGACGUUUGACUUCCUGCACGUUACCCCUAAGAUGGGACCUCACGCCUUCGUCAAGAACAGCGCUCUCGCCAACGAGGCUGGUUAUGUUGACGUCGACGACGCCACAACUCGUCACAAGAAGUUUGGUAACGUCUGGUCCGCUGGUGACGCUUCCAGCCUUCCCACCUCCAAGACCGCUGCUGCCAUCACCGCCGAGUCCCCCGUCCUAGUCCGCAACCUUCUCCAGGUCGUCGAGGGCAAGGAGCCUGAUGCUCAGUACGACGGAUACACCUCUUGCCCUCUCCUGACUGAAUACGGAAAGGUGCUCCUUGCCGAGUUCAAGUACGGCGGAGUUCCCCAGGAGACCUUUGGCGACUUCUUCGACAUCGACCAGGCCAUCCCCCGCCGCUCAUUCUACUACCUGAAGAAGGACUUCUUCCCCUGGGUGUACUACUCUUCCAUGGUCAAGGGCACCUGGGCCGGCCCCAAGGGUUGGAUCAACUGA